GGCUACCAUCGACUAGACAAUGUCAGAUCACUACUCCUCCUCCUACUUGAACUUUGACAAACAAGUUAGUGUCAUGGAGACGUGUCGGUCCCCUCAAUCACCAUGCGGAGGAUGGCGGAGGAAGUCCCAUCUAUCGCAGAGCAGAGCUCCUGGCUAUCCAGUUGGCUGCCCUCCUGGUGUCCCACUUCUUCUUCUCAAUUGAAAGACGCAGAGGAGAAAAUGCUCAAAAGCGUGAGGCAGCCCUUCUCCAGGCAGCACGUGCACAUCUCCGGAGACAACUACCUGUGGACCCUGGCCUUCAACACCCUCCCUCAGCCCUCCCAGCAGCCGGCCCGGACCCGGCCCGGCCCCCCGCUGGUACUGCUCCACGGCUUCGGGGGCGGGGUGGCGCUCUGGAUCCAGAACUUUGACUCUCUGGCGGGCUGCGGGCCCGUCUACGCCCUGGACCUGCUGGGGUUCGGACGCAGUAGCCGGCCCCAGUUCAGCGGGGACCCGCGCGAGGCGGAGGAGCAGUUCGUGCAGGCCCUGGAGGAGUGGAGGCAGAGGGUGGGCCUGGAGGACAUGGUGCUGCUGGGACACAACCUGGGGGGAUACCUGGCCACGGCCUACACACUCAAACACCCACACAGAGUGAAGCACCUGCUCCUGGUGGAGCCCUGGGGGUUCCCGGGACGGCCAGACGGUCCUCAAGACGGCGCCAUCCCAGUGUGGAUCAGAGCGAUGGGGGCCUCCAUGAGCCCCUUCAACCCCCUGGCCGGGCUGAGGCUGGCCGGCCGACUCGGCCCCAUGCUGGUACAGACCAUCAGGUCGGACUUCAAGCAGAAGUACUCGUCGGUUUUUGAGGACCACACCGUGUCGGACUACAUCUACCAUCUCAACGCACAGACGCCCAGCGGGGAAACGGCGUUUAAGAACAUGACCAUCCCGUACGGCUGGGCCAAGCGCCCGAUGCAGGAGAGGGUGGGUCGCGUCCAGCCGGACAUCCCCAUCUCCUUCAUCUACGGGUCGCGCUCCAGCAUCGACAGUGACUCGGGCUCCGCCUUGAAGAGAGACAGGCCUGAUGUGCAAAUCAAGGUGAUUCGAGGAGCGGGUCAUUACGUCUUCGCUGACCAGCCGGAGGACUUCAACCAGACUGUGCUUGAAAUUCUUGCUGUUUACCGUACCGGGGCGGCUGUAGGGUCUGCUGAGGAGGACCUAAAGGACCUAUAAAGACCAUGCAGGCUUUGGGAUGAGCCAAUCGUAUAGCCCCCUCCCACCACCCUACUACACACAACAAAAAGACUAGCUCCUUCCCCUUUUUCACUAUGCUGCCUUUGCACCGCACAUUUGAGAUACAGAGAGUGCAUACGGAGAAAUCUAUUAUCUCCUGUACAUCGGACCCGUUCUUGGUAGUCUGUCUAAUCAACAGAAUUGGCGAUCGUGGAAACCUUGGGGUCAAAGUUCAGCACUGGAUUCGCAGCAAGGGUUGUUAGCGUGAGAGUCUUCGCCUGUAAAUGUGAUUUUGUAAAUAAACAUUUAGUGCAGUUGUUAUCUCACAUGGGGUUAUUUUGGUGGCUUAUUUAUUGUGUGGAUAGAGAUUCUUGCGCAAACACUUAAUGAGUAGUACCAAUUCUGUGAAACGAUAGGGCAACACGUGACCAAAUUGACUGCACCCCCAAAAGACUAACCAGAUCCAGACAAUAUGCAGAAUAGGAGGUCUGGAUGUUCCCUAUUUAUGACACAGAUGCAACCUGUUCAGUUAAAUAUAUAGGACAAAGGUCCCUUUCCUCGUGCGGAAACACAAAGCCCCGAAAGGAGCAGUCUCGAGGAACGGCCUGCAGAGGGCAGUGUUGCCGCUCUUCAUGCGCCUGUCCUUCCGCUUUGUGUGGCGGUUGGAUGUGCCUAGCCCUAGAAAGAACAUAUCAAGUGGUCAAAAGUGUGUCUGACCCCAUGGUCUGACCGUACUCCAAUAUCUCGGCCGUCUUACCACCACAACAAUGCAAUCAGGCCAGAAGAGGGCCUACUUCCUGGCUUGGUGUGAGCAAGUAUAUGUGUGUUGUCCCCAAGCGCCUUUCAAGAGUUAUUAAUAGUCUGCUGAAAUAGUUAUUUCAAAGCACAGGAAUAGCACAUUGUUAUUGUAAGAAAAACGAUAUUUCCCAACUGAAGGAGUUGGGAAAUAUCAGGGGGUAUCAGCAUCAUCUAUAGUGAUUCAAUGAUUGAUAUGUUGGUUUACCUAUGUCAAAGGUCCUACCAACGAAUGAAAAGGACACAUUCAGAGACAUUUCUGCUUCCUGCUUUCAUAACAUGUCAUAGCAAAACACUGAUCCUUUAUUGAGCUGUACAGGGACGAUAAAUCAACAGAUGUGUUGUUCAUUACUUUACUUUGAUUAUUUCUCUCAUGCACUGUUGGAGAUGGAAGGACGGCCAUGGAAAAGGGUUCGGAUGACGGUAAGAUCUUCACUUCAGAGUUGGAGAGUGACUGAUUUUCAAGGGGAUGGGCUACAUAAAGAGACACAUUUGCGGUGUUCAAGCGGUAACAGCCACAUUUAACAGCCGCCUCUGUCACUUUUCGCAACUUCUGUCGCCGGCUUCGACAUCAAACCUUCCCCCUUCCGAACCCUGUCUCCUGGCAACAGGGUAGCCACGGAGACCAGCGUGCGAAAUCUUAUGGAUCGGGUGAAAAAAAGAAACGUCAGGAAAUUAUGUAGCGUUCUGUUGAGGAAAUGAAUUGGUG